GUUUCUCUCAUCGAUAACUCUGGGAUAAUUCUGGCCCAGAGCAGUCCUAUAAACCCUCCGGUAUCUCUGGUUGUCGAAGAGUCGCGAGCAUGGCUUAAUUGUACCGAUACAGCCUUGUUUCCCCGGCACAGAAACUGACGCUUAACAUUAAAGAUAUUCCGUACAUCAGCUCGCCGGAUUUGGAAUACAUAACCGUGCUUACGGUCGUCACAACAAGAAGAUGGAGUCUGAGGACCUCACCGAUCCUGACCUUAGGGCAGCUAUUGCUGCUUCAUUGCGUGACUUGCGAAGCUCGCCUAGCAACCCUGCCUCAUCUUCUCGGGGCCAGGGAGAUGUUGUUGACCUUACGGCCGAUUCGGAUGAUGAUGAUGAUGAGCUGACUGCCGUUGCCCCGAAGUCGAAAUCCACUGUUGGAUCAGAGACUGACCAUGAAGAGGACGAGGAACUCAUGAGAGCAAUUGCAUUAUCUAUGCAAGAGAGCGGCGAAGCUGCUUCUUCAUCCCUCAAACAAGACAAAAGUGAGAACCCGCAAAAUAAGGAAAAUGACAAUCCCUCAGCAGCUUCAGCAGUCGCAGAUGAGGCCCGUCAGUCAGAACCGGGUCCUAAACCAUCAGGAAUUAUGGGACUAGAUCGUAAGCAAAUGGAACAGGAACGACUUUCUCGACUUGCCAAAAGAAAAGCCGAAGGGAGCAUCUCCCCACCUCAAACAUCUAGACAAAACAAGGUGGCCAAGUCAGAUACUAAUCGAUGGGCUCUUCAGUCGGCAGCAGCUAGAGAGAACGUUCCAGUCACUAGUCAAAGGCCGCAACACGCACAAUCUGGCCAGAUGAAGCAAACAGAUAACAUAGUCACCCAGCCUUCGUCUGCACCAUCAAUACAAUUUCCCAAGGGCGUUGCGAAGAAAACCUGGGCUUUUGGACACUCUAGAGAUGGCAACGAUAUCAAGAUCGAAGAAUUGUUUCAGAAAUCAGACCUGGAGCUCGCCGUUCUCAGCUCUUUCAUGUGGGAUAUGGAAUGGCUAUUUUCAAAGCUUGAUACGACGAACACACGAUUCAUCCUGGUUAUGCAGGCCAAGGAAGAAGAGACGAGACGCCAGUAUGAAGCUGAGAUUUCAUAUAUGAAGAACUUGAGAUUAUGCUUUCCACCAAUGGAAGGACAGGUCAAUUGUAUGCAUUCUAAGCUCAUGCUACUAUUCCACCCGGAUUAUUUAAGAAUCGCUGUGCCAAGCGCCAACCUAGUGCCUUACGAUUGGGGAGAAGGUGGAGGAGUCAUGGAGAAUAGCGUAUUCCUGAUUGAUCUUCCCAAAAAGACGGACCAGUCUUCAACACGAACCCAAGAGACUUCAUUCUACCAGGAUCUUGUGUAUUUUCUAUCGGCUACCACGCUUCAUGCAAACGUUAUCCGCAAACUAGAGGCCUUUGACUUUAGUGAGACGGCAUCCUAUGCAUUUGUUCAUACCAUCGGAGGUUCCCACGCAGGCGCAACAUGGAGGCGAACAGGUCUCUGUGGACUAGGUAGAGCCGUUAGCUCCUUGGGUCUGCGGACUUCAAAGCCACUCAACAUCGAUUUUGUGACAUCAUCCGUGGGCUCACUUACGGACCAAUUUCUGAGGUCCAUAUAUCUGGCAUGUCAAGGUGAUGACGGUCUCACAGAAUUCACACUGCGAAACUCGAAGACGUUUCCCGCAAAGAACCGGGGUGAUCUAAACACUCUGAUCGAGAAGACUACUGGUCAGGAAUGGAAAGACAGAUUCAAGGUGUACUUUCCAUCAGAUACCACCGUUCGACAGUCAAAAGGCGGGCCAAGAUGCGCAGGCACCAUCUGCUUUCAGUCGAAGUGGUUUCAAGAUCCUAAGUUUCCUCGACAUACCCUCCGAGAUUGUGUCAGCCGCAGGAACGGACUAUUGAUGCAUAAUAAGAUGAUCUUCGCUAGACCAGAAGAGCCAAUCAGUCUAGCAGAUGGUUCAACUUGUCAGGCUUGGGCAUAUUUGGGGAGUGCAAAUCUCUCCGAAAGCGCCUGGGGCCGUCUCAUCCAAGACCGUACAACAAAAGAGCCGAAGCUCAACUGCCGAAACUGGGAGUGUGGCGUUGUGAUUCCCAUAAUCCAACCAGGAAUAAACACCGAAGCAUCUACAAGCCUUGGUGGAACUGUGUCUGACAAUAAAUCGUCGGAGCAGCCUAAAAAUGAGACAGAAUCAGACUUUGCUCCGCUCUUCGCGUCGAAAAUCCCCGUGCCUAUGAAACUUCCUGGUCGACCCUAUGGACCUGGAAUGAAGCCAUGGUAUUUCAUGGAAAGUUAAUGACACUACGGCGUUUAUUUGAAAUCACAUAUUUCGCUCUGCUCGAUCGACACAUCGGGUCCGGUAUCAAUUAGUCCGUUAGUUAGCUAGACGACUCAAACCAUAGUUACCCCUUGAUACUUGAC